CCGCCACCAUUACAAUCGUAGCCCGCAGACACCGUCGUCGCCUUCCUUCUCCAUCCGCGCCCACCGCCACAAGCGGCUCUUCGUCCCGCGACUCGAGCUCGACUCAUUCGCACUCACCGAUUCCGUUUGGGCGGCGGUUCCCGGAGAAGCUAGGGCUCGUGGUUUUGCCUAGAUGGGGAAGAACGAGAAGACGGGGCUGGGUCGGGCUCUGGUGAAGCACCACAACCAGAUGAUCCAGCAGUCCAAGGAGAAGGGCCGGUCCUACAGGAACAAGAAGGUCCUCGAGUCGGUCACCGACGUCAGCAACAUCGACGCCGUCAUCGAUCAGGGCGAGGAGGCCGAGCUCCUCCUCGCCGCCGAUCGCUCCCGCCCCGACCUGCCUAUCAGAUUGGACUCUGGUUCUAGCACCUCUGGUAUGACUCCUGAAAAGAGGAGAGAAGAACAGAAGAAAGAGGAAGCUCUACAUGCUAGUAGCCUCCGCGUUCCACGAAGACCACCAUGGGGCCCUUUGAUGUCCGUAGAAGAGCUUGAUGCCAAUGAAAGACAAGCUUUCUUAGUUUGGCGUAGAAACCUUGUGAGGCUUGAGGAGAAUGAAAAGCUUGUUCUUACCCCAUUCGAGAAGAACCUUGAUAUCUGGAGACAACUUUGGCAUGUGGUUGAACGCAGUGAUUUGCUUGUAAUGGUUGUAGAUGCUCGAGAUCCAUUGUUCUACCGAUGUGCUGAUCUUGAGCAUAACACGGAUUUUGCUCUCAUUUACGCCUAUGCUCAAGAAACUGACAAGUACAAAAGGACAUUGCUUCUUGUCAACAAGGCAGAUUUCUUGCCAUUUUCUGUGAGGGAGAAGUGGGCAAAGUUUUUCCAGCUUCAUGAGAUUUUGUUUGUAUUCUGGUCUGCCAAAGCUGCUUCUGCAGAACUGGAAGGGAAAAAGCUAGCUGACCCUUGGAAAAAGCAAAAUAAUAGUCAAGAAGAGAAGGAUGACCCUAGUACAAAGUUAUACGGUAGGGAAGAAAUUUUGAUGCGUUUACAGUUUGAGGCUGAAGAGAUUGCCAAGUUGCGAAGGGAAUCAGGGUCUAGCAGUACAGGUCCCUCAAAUGGUCACUCUGCUGCCGGUGGACCUGUUGUUGUUGGUUUCGUUGGAUAUCCUAAUGUGGGGAAGAGUUCAACAAUUAAUGCUUUGGUUGGUCAGAGGCGGACAGGGGUCACCUCUACUCCUGGGAAGACCAAGCAUUUCCAGACUUUGAUUAUAUCUGAUGAGCUCACUCUAUGUGAUUGCCCUGGAUUAGUGUUCCCAUCUUUUUCUAGCUCAAGACAAGAGAUGAUUGCCUGUGGGGUCUUGCCCAUUGAUCGGAUGACCGAACAUAGAGACGCGGUGCAAGUAGUGGCCAAUCGAGUCCCAAGACGUGUCAUCGAGAAUGUGUAUAACAUAAGUCUGCCAAAACCUAAGCCGUACGAACCACAGGACAGGCCUCCCCUGGCUUCAGAAUUCCUGAGAGCUUACUGUGCCUCACGAGGGUAUGUUGCCUCUAGUGGUUUGCCAGAUGAAACCCGAGCUGCACGCCAAAUCUUGAAAGACUACAUUGAUGGGAAGCUACCUCACUACGAAAUGCCCCCUGGGAUGGGCGACGAAGAGUGUUAUGACGGAGAUGCUGCAGAACCCAGUUUGAGUGAAGCGGCUGAAUGAGAAUCAUCUGACAUUGAAAAUCCUCCAGAUAAUGAGGACGAAAGCGAAAAUGGCCCUGUACUUGAUCAUGUACAUGAUGAUUUGAGUUCAUUCGACGUGGCUGAUGGGCUAUCUUCCAAGAAGGUAACCGUGAAGAAGCCAAAUGUGUCUCACAAGCACCAUAGAAAGCCCCAAAGGAAGAAAGACCGUUCUUGGAGAGUUAGGAACGACGAUGGAGAUGGAAUGCCAGUCAUAAGAGUAUUUCAGAAGCGAGCUUAUGCAGGUCCUGCAAUGGCUGGAUAGAUGUCUUGUCGGAAAUCCAGAUGAACUCCACGUCUUUGAGGGCGCAUCGUAUGCUCCUAUUUAUCUUUGCAUCAUUGGGCAGCCCUGCAUAUUACAUCAGCAUGCGCUGUUUUCAUCAGCUGCUAGGUUGUGAGCCGGAGGUUACGGUGAAGAGAGAGUAGGAUUUCAUCAGCUGCUCUAGUCUUAUGGCAUUAGGCAUGGCCAGCUAUCUGUUUGUUUGGAGGAAUGCAGACGAGGCAUCAUUGAAACAUGGGAGCCCUGAUAGUGUAACUCAUCAUCUUAUAUUUUGUAGGGUGUGCCUCUGGUUUGGUGAAACUUUUUAUACAGCUUUCAGUUUUGUAGAAACGGCACUCAAUCAGAA